GGGAGGGGGGAAUCGAGUCCGCGGGAUUUGGACACUGCUUUAUAACUUCAGAAACAUUAAAAUCCAUUUUGCCCUAGGGCAACGAUCACUCUCGCUUCACAACUAUACGGCCUUUAAAGGAUUUAUUUUGCGACAACAAUUAAUGGCAUUCUUGUCAAAGUCUUCUUUUUCUUCCUCCUCGUUCGACCGAUUGUGCCCUUUGUUUUGCGUGGGCAGAAAACUCGAUCUUGAGUUCCAGUGUAUGUCGGCGGCUUAUCCCCCAAAACGUGAUCUAUAUAUAUAUAGAUAUAAGUAGGGUCUCGCUGUACUUUGGCGCACCCCCGUAUUUUAUACUGUCAAUAUAUAUUUUUAUUAUGAAAUGCUUGAUUCCACGCUCGAGUUCAUGUGUCGGUCAUUUUAGAAAUAGAUGUACAAAUAUGGCACCGCCAUUUUCUAAAGGAAAAAUAUUCAGCACAGACAGUAAAUUUCGAAAACCUGCAGAACACAAGUACGUAUAGCUAUUGUUUGAAAAAAAGUAUUGCGAAACACUUUGCGCAAUUACGUUUCGAAAUACGCGGGACAAAAAGAAUCCACACAGAGGUUGCCAAAUAUUAAGCCCGGUAUCAUUAAACGGCAAGAUGGCGUAUGCAGUCUUGUAUCGGCUGCUUCAAAGACCGUUUACAAAGUCAUGCCACCAUAUCCGACAGUGGACAAAAUAUUUACUUGCAAGACCUUCUCGAUAUCACCUGCUGCUUACAACUACAUUUAUCGCAAAAUGCGAUACCAGACCCAGAAUCGAUCUGCAGGUACACAAGAAAGUGUGUAGGUGGACACAUGAUGAUAAAUUCCAUUCACUGGAUCACGAAGAUAUCCGUAUACGUUCAUGGCUGGAUCUCUACCAUGGAUUACGACGCUAUACUCAGAACCAGACCCCAAUACACUGAGCCAAGAGUAUUUAUUAAGAAGUGUCUCAUCUCAGACUGCCGAUGCUGUCACAGCAAUGCUCAGCCAGGCUGCUCGUGCCUUGAUUGAGGCUGAAGAAAAAUAUAGAAAGGCACUAACUAUCCUAACAGACUUAACAGAACAACACAUGUCAGUUCUUGGAAAUGAGGAAGAGGAAAACAUAGUUUGGGAUAUCAUCCUGCAGGCAAGAUAUCAGUUAGAUGUACUCAACAGAAAGAGAAAGGAUUUGGAGAUACUGUUUUCAUGUGUACAAAAGCUAGCAGAUGCCUCAGCAGAAGUAGCUUUCUUAGCAGGGACAGAAUUUUUAAGUACAAGCAUGGGCGAGCGCAUGCAUAAUGCUCAGCGGCAUGUAGAAAGUGCACGCGCAGAGACAGAAAGAGCUGAAGAGAUUCUGAGAGAGACUCAAGCUAUCAACGUCAAAAUCACAACUGAGCAUGCUGAAAAGCAAAAAUCAGAGUGUGUUUACACAGAUACUGAUCUCGAGGAAAAUGUUAAUAAAUCAGCUUCUUAGUAUAA